UCAUAAACAGCGAGACAGGAAAAGAUUGACAGCUUUACUUUAUGUUUUAAACUGUGAUCUUGUCUCGGUGCUAAAUUUUGAGUUAAAGAGACGCAUUUAAGUUACGGAAAGGACUCUGAAAACGUGUAUGAUGGAGGAGAAAGCCAGGAAGCCAGAGAUGGAGGAGCACUCAUUUGAAGAAUUGGAGAAGGAGUUCCAGGUUGUAUUGAAUGAACUGGUAGGAGAGAAAAAUAUGGAGAAGUUCAGAGUAGAAUAUGAAAAGCUCAUCACUGCCCUGAAGAAGUCACAUGAAAAUGAAAAAAGGCUGAUGACAAAAUGCCGAGAGCUGAAUGCAGAGAUAAGCUCCAACUCUGUCAAAGUGGAGACGGCGCUGAAGCUAUCUCAUGAAGACCAGGCCACCAUUAUGUCACUAAAAAAGGAAAUCGAGAAGGCUUGGGAAAUGGUGGAUGCAGCCCAUGAAAAGGAGAAGGUGACUAAAGAAACGAUUAAGAAUCUACAGGAGGAAAUAAACAUACUGACUGAACUUGUUGAGCAAAGAGCUGUUUCUUCCACAACUGAAGAGCAGGGCGGGGGCGAUCUAUUGAAAAUCAAGGAGCAGUUGACGGCUGAGAGAGACGAGCUGCUCUCAGAGCUGGUGACUCUUCGAGACAGUUUUGAAAUGGCCACAACUAAGCAAUAUGAGGCUGAGGAGGCGAACAUGAAGGCCCAGGAAACCAUCUUACAGCUGCAGCAGGACAUCCAGGUGCGUCAGAACGAGUGCUCGAGGGAAACCCGUCAGAAAGAGAAGUUGGAGAAGGAACUAAAACAGCUUUGUGCAGACGUUGAAGCUCAGCAGGUGGAAAUUAAAAUGCUAAACGCACAAUGCCAGCGUGGCAAUGAUGAGCAGCAGAGGCUGGAGCAGCAGCUCCAUGAGCAAAAGAUUCUGAACGAGAGAGUCUCUAAGGAGCUGGAGCAGCUGCAAGUGCGCAACACUAAACUCCAGCAGGAGAACGAACAGAACUCGCUCAGCUUUGAGCAGCUCACCUAUGAAAAUAGCCAACAAGCCACUGAACUGAAGCUGGAGAGAGAGGAGGUGAAUCAGAUGAAGCAGGAGAUUGCUAAGCUUAUUAAGAUAAGGGAGGCCACUCAGAAGAAGCUACGUCUGAUGGAGGACCAGAAACUGGAGGUGGAACAGCAGCGAGAGACACUAAAGAACCAGAUCACAGGCCUGGAGAAAGAAAUGGAAAUGGCCCAAAAACAGACAGAGAGUGACAAGAAGAAAAUAGAUGAACUGAUCCGAGAGAAAGACAUGCUGAGUAAGAAUAUGAUCAAGGCAGCAAAUGCCACUGAGAAGCAGCUAAACUUGGUGAAGCUGAAUGAGCAGACAAAGAAGAAGCUGGAUCAGGAAAUUCUGAAUUACCGAGAUGAGGCACAAAAGCAGCGCAAGAUCAUUUUUCAGCUGGAAAAGGAACGGGAUCGUUACAUCAACGAAGCUAGCGAUCUCACACAGAAGGUCUUAUCGCAUAUGGAGGAUCUUAAAGUGCGAGAGAUGGAAAUCUUCGAAUAUAAGAAGAAGAUCGCUGAGGCGGAGACAAAGCUCAAGCAGCAGCAGAACCUGUACGAGGCCAUCAGGGCUGAACGCAACAAUUACAGCAAGAAUCUGCUUGAUGCUCAGCAUGAAAUCAUGGAUAUGAAGCGCAAGAUGAAGUCCAUGAGCCAAGAGACUGGUCAGCUCACAGAGGAGAUCAAGAGCAAAGAGGCAGCACUGGUCAAAGAACAUCUCGAGCUUCAGCGAAUAGAGAAAGAAAAGGAAGCUCUUAAGGCUGAGCUUCAGAAGAUGAAGCAGCAGGCUCAAGAGACCAAGCAGUAUAUGGACAAUCAAGAGGUAGAAGAACAAAAGUUGCUGAAAAUCAUAGCAGAUGCUGACGCCGAGAAAGUACGGCAGAAGAAAGAACUGGAUCAGGUAAUCAGCGAGCGGGACAUUCUUGGGACUCAGCUGGUGCGGAGGAACGAUGAACUGUCACUGCUUUAUGAGAAGAUCAAAAUCCAGCAGUCCAUCUUGAACAAAGGCGAGAUCCAGUACAACCAGAGGGUGGAGGACAUCCGCCUGCUCAAGCUUGAGAUCAGGAGGCUGCGGAGGGAAAAGACAGUCCUCAACAAAACUGUAUCCAAUGUGGAAAAUCUCAGGCAGGAGGUGUACCACAUGCAAAAGGAGCUGCUUAAGGAGAGAGCAAGAUGUCAAAGCUUGCAAGAAGAGCUUGAAAAUCCCAUGAAUGUUCAUCGCUGGAGAAGACUAGAGGCGAGUGACCCGGGCACCUUUGAGCUGAUCCAGAAGAUUCACUCUCUUCAGCGGCGCCUGAUAUCCAAAAGCGAGGAGGUAGUGGAGAAAGAGCUUCUGCUCCAGGAGAAGGAGAAGCUGUAUGUCGAACUGAAGCACAUAUUAGCUCGUCAGCCCGGUCCAGAGGCAGCUGAACAACUCCAGAUCUACCAGCAAACACUGAGGGAAAAGACCAAACAGCUCAAGGUGCUGUCAUCUGAACUCAACAUGUAUGAGUCUCAGACACAAGAGUACAAGUAUGAGAUCGAGCGUCUGGCCGGUGAGCUACAGAAUGUGAAGAAGAAGUAUUUCAUGCAGAAACGCAAGGAACAGGCAUGCAGGGAAAAGGAAAGGAGUAUGGCGCAGGCUGGGCUACCUAUGAUCGUGCCUCAACGCAUUGAUGGAGCCCGGUUUACAGGGGGAGGUUUCAACUUGAAGCAGGGCAACAAAAUUGCUGCCUGAACUUCCUAAUAUCUAUCUAUCUAUCUAUCUAUCUAUCUAUCUAUCUAUCUAUCUAUCUAUCUAUCUAUCUAUCUAUCUAUCUAUCUAUCUAUCUGUCUGUCUGUCUGUCUGUCUGUCUGUCUGUCUCUCUAUCUAUCUCUCUAUCUGUCUGUCUGUCUAUCUAUCUAUCUAUCUAUCUAUCUAUCUAUCUAUCUAUCUAUCUAUCUAUCUAUCUCUCUCUCUCUCUCUCUCUCUCUCUCUCUCUCUAUGGCUAACACACCAGCUGGCUGUUCAGUUUGUGGAAAUAAAUCACAAUGCUCACAGCGUAACGUUAUGGUCGAGUGAAAUUAAAAAGCAAACGCCAUUGUACUCAUUUAUCAAUUGUAAGUAAAGCAGAUGUGUAUGCACUUGCGUUAAUGGCUUUGGUUUAUUUCUUUGGUUUCAUUAGCUGGGUUGUUCUUAGUCACUGGUUGAAAGAGCACUCUCGCUAUUAAUGAUCUGUUUUAUUUAUUUUUUUCUUUUACUUUCUCUUAUUCUCACUCUUGUACUGUCUGUUUUUUUCUCCCAUGUUUUUCAUGUGUUCAGCAUCUACUGUAGCUGCUUUCUCAUUUUUUUUCACCCCUUUUCCCUUUUUUCUCUUUUUAUCAAAUGAAUAUUUUGCUUGCCAUCAUGCCUCAUUCCAUGUCUCUUAAACAUCUUCGACAAACAUAAUUAAAAGUCACUUAUUCGCCAGAUACAUGCUAUACAUGUAUAAUCCUGUGCAAGUUUCUUUUUCUCGUAAUCAACAGGAUUUUUUAAUCAGUAUUUCUUGGGCCUCUUUCUUUUACUUUGCAGUUAUUUUUUCCUUCUUAUGCAACAUUAAUAUACAAUAAAAGUAUAUUAGAAACAAUUACAAAGUCUACACAUAUCCUAAAUUAUUAUGAUUUUAUGAUCUUCCAAUUUUUAACAAUACGCAUGUAAUAUACUUUUAAAAGAUUUCUGAUUCACUGCUAGUUUCUUUUGACCUAGAGUGGUUUUCAGCGUCAGGUUUCCUCAUUUGGUAUUCUUAAGGGUCAAUAAUCUGACUCUGGGAAAUAAAAAUUCAUCCUGCUUGAAGCAUUUACAUCUUCAUUUUGCUUCCUCAUUAAGCACUGCUUUCUCAUGUUUCAUAAAUGAGGCCUUUAAGUACUUUACAUCUGGAAGUGUUUCUCAGAGCAGUUUGGCAUUUAAAAAACAUGCCUUAUUUUGGGGUUUGGGGACAGACUGCAGCAGAUAUUAGAUAGUUUAGAGUCGAGUUUGAUCUUCACUAUUCAUUAUUGCACAGUAAUAUCUUUGUAGUUAUAACUUUUAACUAGAAAGUUGUGUGUGAUGUGGGAAAAACCCAUGGAUAUUGCUAUGGUUGAAUUCCUGAAAAAUGGUCAUGGUCAAAUGGUGAUCAUGUAGCAGUAAGUAGUAGCCUUUAUUUGCCACAUACAUAUUAAAAUGAAAAUGAAAUUCUUUCUUCACCUACCCCAGGGUUGGAGAGGUUAGGUUAGAGCACAGGCAGCACCCCUGAAACGGGGGGAUGAGGGCCUUGCUCAAGGUCCCAAUGGUGGCAGCUUGGUGGUGCUGGGGCUUGAACCCCGAUCUUUCAAUGAACAACCCAGAGCCUUAACCACUUGAGCUUCCACCACCAGUGCAAUGCAUAAAAUCAUGUAUAUAAGUCAAUGCAUUUUUAUAACAGUCUUACAGGAAUAAACAGCUGUGUUUUAAUAACGUUAUCAGUGAACAUGCAUAAACACCUAAAAGUAAUGAUAAUAAGUGUAAAAUACUGUAGAAUUCACUAAAACAAUUUGGGAACUUUUUAAGUUAAAGGUUGCUAAAGCUACCAUGCUAAGUUUGCUGGUGAAGAAAAAAAAAGAAAAGAAAAAAAAACAAUGUUUUCCAUAGAUGUCUAAAAUGUUGCUAGCUCAUACAUAACUAACAUUUUCCUCACCCAACAAAGAUGCAGGAAAUUUAAUGAUUUCAUAAUAUGAAGGGUUUUCCUAGGCUUUUGCAAAUUAUGAAUCUUUUAAAAGGAUAUCGAAGUAUAAAAGGAUACUGAAAUUGUCUUAUGGUCUUCUCACAAUUUGGAAAAGGAAUAUGAAAAGGAAAACAGACUGACAAAGCCACUUGAAAAUUUCCUUUGAAC